CUGACGAGUAGACAGCAAGGACGAAGUGGUCCUAGGGUACGGUAACCUGGGCAUUGCUUUUUGUUCCUAAUCUCGCCCGAGAUGGAAACAGCCGAGCCUGUGUCCUAUGAAUUCCCCGGUCAUGCAAUCGGCGCUGUUGCGCCGCGUCGGAUGAUGACCUCCAAUCUUGGUCAUAACUUUCCCUUCUAUGCAAACCCAGCAGCGUCAUUUCCACUGCCAUUCCACCACUCACCCUCGACCGCUUAUGGAUUUGGCCAUGCACUGAAUCAUCAUCACCACCAUCACCACCAUCAACCCAGCUAUCCUCAGUUCUUCGUGGCCAGCCAUGAAUCGAUCAACUCCCAGCCCGUACGGUUAUCGUCCGAGCCACCACCUGCCCAGUCAAUUCCUGAUAUCCGUCCUGCCAAAAAUGCGGUCAAUCGCGUAUCUAGAGAUCCGUUGGUCAAAACUGAUCCCGGCUCAAACACACAACAGACUCUCAUGGCCCGCUCGUCGACCCACGGAGCAGUCACCCAAAGCAAGAACCCUAGCAUCAGCGAGAUCGAGUUCACCACCGAGGUUGAUAUACUGAUGAAAGCAAUCCAGUCCAGAACCAGUGUCCAGCCGCCAAAUAUACCGUCAUUGCCGCCUUUACAGCAACUAACACACAGGGGAGGCCAUGGUUAUCCCCAGACCUUUUCUCAUCACUCAUCUGGCAAUACCCGAUGCACUAUGAUGGCUGAAGAAGCGAAGUCUCGGUCAGGGAAGAAGCGCAAAUAUGUCUGUACCCUUCCACACUGUGGAAAAAGCUUUGCCCAGAAGACUCAUUUGGAUAUCCAUACAAGGGCCCACACCGGAGACAAGCCUUUUAUCUGCAAGGAACCCUCUUGUGGACAACGUUUUUCACAGCUAGGCAAUCUGAAGACUCAUCAGCGACGUCAUACUGGAGAGAAACCUUUCUCUUGCGACAUAUGUCAGAAGAGGUUUGCCCAACGCGGCAAUGUCCGUGCCCAUAAAAUCACACACCAGCAUGCCAAGCCAUUCACCUGUCUGUUAGACGACUGCGGGAAACAAUUUACUCAGCUGGGCAAUCUCAAGUCUCACCAGAAUAAAUUUCACGCAACAACAUUGCGGGAUUUAACACUGAAAUUCUCCAAAGUAGCCAUAGGGGAGCCCAUGAGCCCGCAAGAUAGAAAGCUGUGGGAAUACUUUGCCGCUCUUUACAAAAAUAGCAACAAGGGAAUAAAGGGUCGUGGAAAGGAUCGUAGGAUCUCCCCUACGUCUAAUUCAGGACCUGGGAAACGACACCAGGCCCUAGGCAACAAUGACGACAAGCUGCAACGGACCAGUUAUGAGGAAUCAUCGGUCUACACCGGGGGUUCGAGUAGUGACGAGGAGGAUGCGGAUGCCUAUUAUGUUGAUAGACAAAAUCACUGAGCUGCACUGGUUUUCCUGUUUGACCCUAUUUCUACUUGUUCUUCCUUGGCUGUGUGUUUCAAUGUAUUUGAAAUAUUCUAUGAUACCAGGUUUGUUUAUGUUGGAUGUUUAUGAGAAUCUCUCCGCCGUCGGGGUAGCGUUGUCCGUCAGCUUACACAAAAAGUAUUCUGUGCAAUCCUAUUAGUGUCGAGUAAUUCUUGGUACAAAAAUGUAAGUUCUUU